AAUCUGGCAACCCUACCUUUGUGCAAAGCAAUUCGGAGCACAAUAACAAACGCCGCUUUUUCCGCGUUUUUCCACAAUUUUCAUCACAAAGCAGCAGAUUUUUCCUUUUAAUUUUAACAUUUCAUAAAAUUUCGAAUUCAGUGCCUUCCAAUUGGAAUAUUUAACACAAAAUUAACGAUUUUCCUGAGAAAAUGAUUGCGGGACGUGCCUUGCAUUAUGUCUUCAAAGUGGCAAAACGUGCGGAAACCAUGGAUUUUUAUCGCAAAAUCUUGGGCAUGAAGAUUCUGAGGCAUGAGGAGUUUACGCAAGGUUGUGAUGCUCAGUGUAACGGGCCUUAUGACAAUCGUUGGAGCAAAACGAUGGUCGGUUAUGGUCCCGAAUCGUCUCAUUUUGUCGUUGAGCUGACUUACAAUUACGGCGUUACGAGCUACGAGAUGGGAAAUGACUUUGGCGGCAUCACAAUUCGUUCGUCGGCUGUCAUUGAACGUGCCAAAGCCGCAAAUUAUCCAUCGACAAUGGAAAAUGGCAAACAUAUUCUUGUCUCGCCGGGCGGUUAUCGCUUUUUAAUUGUCAACGAAACGCAGCCCACAGAUCGUGAUCCCGUGAUGCAAGUCACUCUUAACGUCACAGAUAUCCCGAAAUCCGUUUAUUAUUGGAACAGCACGCUCCAGAUGAAAAUUGUCGUUCAAACGGACAACAGUGCGGUUUUGACUUAUGGCGAGAAUCAAGCUCGAUUGCAACUUAACAAGACCUCAGAACCCUUAAAUCGGGCUCAAGCUUACGGAAGAAUCGCUUUUGCGGUGCCCGGAGAUGUUCAACCCGCGAUUCAGGAGACCAUCAAGAAGAAUAAUUGGCCAAUUUUAACGGAUUUGAUCAAAUUAGACACGCCCGGCAAGGCAUCCGUUCGCGUAAUAAUCCUCGCCGAUCCCGAUGGACACGAAAUUUGCUUCGUCGAUGAGGAGGGAUUUUCCGAGCUGAGCAAAGUUGACCCCGAAGGCGAAGCGUUGCUCGAUAAAAACAUCGCGAAAGACCCGUUCGAGCAGCAAAAGGCGUAAAAAAACUCUCGAAAAACUGUUUCUUGAUUCGAAUUUUGGACAUCCGUACAGUACAAAAGCCUCUUUCGCAAUAACUUUUUUUUUUAUCUGUAGCUUACGUGGUGAUGGAUCUGGCAAUAAAAAAAUACGUAAUUUAAUGUCAAAUAAACAAAACAUCGUAUAU